AUGCGCACGGUAUCCAGCCAGAGGCGCCCCAGCGUGGACGUCCUGCUCACCGACGAGGAGCGCCAGCGCACCCCCGCACUGCUGCUGAGCCUGCUGGCCGGCCUGCUCCACCCGGACCCCACGAGGAGACUCACGGCGCGCGCAGCGCUGGAGCACGGCCUGUUCGAUGCCAAGCCGAACCACCUCGCGCUUCAAGUCGGUGGAGGCGCGUUUCGGAAGCACUUGAAACCCAUCUUGAGUAGUAAUUUUAGGUCGUUUAGGAGGCUCGCCAUGAUUGUUGUCGCGGCCGUGAGAACCAUCGGGAGUCUGCAGUUGGACAGCGCCGGGAAGCGCUCCGGCAUUGUCGUGGUUAUGUAG